GCGGCAUUGUCUCUCCCCUUUCUCUGUCCGGGAACCCGACCGCCACCCCUGCCGGGUGAGUGCGGUGACUGACAGCUCCUCGCAGCCAGUGGCCGGAGCGCUGCGCGGCGGAGCCCGGCGCCCGUCUCCUCGGUGACCGGGGGAGCUGGUGCCUCAGUAGAGUAGCCGGAGUCCUGGGGGACGGAGAGCUUCAUCAGUUGAAGGAGUCAUAACUUAUGUAGUGUGAAACAUGACAAAAAGCUGGACUAAUUAAAAACUUUCAUGCUCCAGGAGAAAAACCCAAGAUGUAUAGGCCGGGGGAGACAGUCAAACGUCGACUCAACAUGCAUGCUCCUCCUCGGAUAAGAAGUGUGGAAGUUGCAAGAGGAAGAGCUGGCUAUGGGUUUACCCUUUCCGGACAAGCUCCUUGUAUUCUUAGUUGUGUUAUGAAAGGAAGCCCUGCAGAUUAUGUUGGACUUAAAGCAGGAGAUCAAAUAUUUGCAGUUAAUGAAAUUAAUGUGAAAAAAGCCUCUCAUGAAGAUGUGGUGAAACUUAUAGGAAAAUGUUCUGGAGUGCUGCACAUGGUCAUUGCUGAAGGGAUUAGUCAUAUAGAUUCAUGUUCUAGUGAUGAAGAAGUUGGUUUUUAUGAUGGAAAGGGCUGGCUGAAACCAAAACCUGACUCCAAAGCUCUAGGUAUAAAUAGAGCAGAGAAAGUUGUCGAAGAAAUGCAGUCUGGUGGCAUUUUCAACAUGAUCUUUGAGAAUCCUUCUCUUUGUGCUGGUAACUCAGAGACUUUGACCCCAAAACAAAGAUCGUUUUCAGAUUCUGCUGCUAUUAAAUUUGAAACUGGAAAUGAAAGUAUAAACAACCCAAACCUACUGUCCAAGGAAGAAAUAUCCAAAGUCCUGAAUGAUGAUUCAGUUUUUAGAAUUGGACUGGAGAGCGCCGAAGACUUUGGAUUAGAUGCAAGCAUUUUAAAUGUUGCCAUGAUUGUAGGUUACCUAGGCUCAAUUGAACUUCCUUCAACAACCUCAAAUUUGGAAAACGAGAGUUUGCAGGCUAUUCGUGGAUGCAUGCGACGUCUGCGAGCAGAGCAAAAAAUCCAUUCAUUAGUGAUGAUGAAGAUUAUGCAUGACUGUAUUCAGCUCUGCAGUGACAAAUCAGGUGUGGUGGCAGAAUAUCCUGCAGAGAAGCUGGCAUUCAGCGCUGUUUGCCCGGAUGACCGAAGAUUCUUUGGACUGGUUACGAUGCAGACAAAUGAUGAUGCAAGCUUGGCUCAGGAAGAUGAAGGGGUUCUGAGGACAUCUUGCCACGUGUUUAUGGUGGAUCCUGAAUUAUUUCAUCAUAAAAUUCACCAAGGCAUAGCAAGACGUUUUGGACUGGAAUGUACAGCAGAUCCAGACACAAAUGGCUGUCUAGAAUUUCCAACGUCAUCUCUACCUGUUCUUCAGUUUAUUUCUGUCCUUUACAGGGAUAUGGGGGAAUUGAUUGAGGGAAUGCGUGCAAGGGCUUUUCUUGAUGGUGAUGCAGAUGCUCAUCAGAAUAAUAGUACAAGCAGUAACAGUGAUAGUGGAAUUGGAAAUUUUAAUCAAGAGGAGAAGAAUAAUAGAGUUUUAGUGGUUGAUUUAGGAAGCAAUCCAAGUAAACAUAUUCCUAACAGUAUGUGGGAAAAUCCAGUAGGAAGGGGACAAAAUCAGUCUGCUUCCCAUUGGAAUGGCUUCUGUCAUGAACAAGAAGGAAACAUUCCUUUAGAAGUAAUUCAGAAUGAUAAAUCCCAAAAUUUAAACAAACACUUAAGUCCUUCUGCUCGUAUUGAAGUUCCACUGGUUUCUGCUCGAAAUUCAGUACCCCCAUCUAAGAAAAGUGCUGCAGGCAUAGGCAAUCAAAGAUGGUUGCCUGUGCAUGUGUUACAAGAAUGGCAACACGGCAACGCUAGCGACCAGGAGUCUUACACGGAUUCUACAGAUGGCUGGUCAAGCGUUAACUGUGGAACUCUCCCCCCUCCAAUGAGUAAGAUUCCCGCUGACAGAUACAGAGUCGACGGCACUUUUGGCCAGCCACAGUUAAAAUCUCAUAAAAAUGAAUGGUCUAAGAAGAUGUUUUGCAUGCAAAACAAGUUUGGCCCUCAGCACUUUAUUAGGAAGUCUAAAGAAGAUAAAAAGGGUGCAAAAUUUGGACAUCCGUUGGGAUUAACUCAGGCUCCUCCCCAGCGUUCUUCUGUUCGAAGAUCAUUUGGAAGAUCGAAGCGAUUUAGUAUUACUCGUUCACUGGAUGACCUUGAGUCAGCAACUGUCUCUGAUGGAGAAUUGAACAGCACUGAUUUAAAAGACUGCAUCAGUGAGAAUAGCCUCAGUAGCAAUGCUAGUCUUCCCAGUGUACAGAGCUGUCGACGACUUCGAGAAAGAAGAGUUGCAAGUUGGGCUGUUUCUUUUGAGCGUCUUCUUCAGGAUGCUGUUGGCAUUAAAUAUUUUUCUGAAUUUCUACGGAAGGAAUUUAGUGAAGAAAAUAUUUUAUUUUGGCAAGCCUGUGAAUAUUUUAACCAUGUACCAGCACAUGAUAAAAAAGAGCUUUCUUACAGAGCUCGAGAGAUCUUCAGUAAGUUUUUGUGUAGCAAAGCUACAACCCCAGUUAAUAUUGAUAGCCAGGCACAGCUGGCAGAUGAUAUUCUCAAUUCUCCACAUCCAGAUAUGUUCAAGGAACAGCAACUUCAGAUUUUUAACCUGAUGAAGUUUGAUAGCUAUACACGCUUUCUCAAAUCCCCCCUUUACCAAGAAUGCAUCCUGGCUGAAGUAGAAGGUCGUCCUCUUCCUGAUCCUCAGCGCGUUCCCAGCAGCCCCACUUCUAAACACAGUAUCAGUUCAGAGAAGUCCAAUAUCUCUACACCGAAAAAGUUAAGUGGUAAAUCAAAGUCAGGAAGAUCCUUAAAUGAAGAGUCAGGAGAGGAGGAUGCUGAGAAGAAAAAGAGGGGAACAUUUUUCUCAUGGUCAAGAAGUAAGAGUUUGGGAAAAUCACAGAAGAGAAAAGAAAAUGGUGAUUAUCAGAAUGCAGAUUCUAUUCAGCCCAAUGGAUUAUCCUACAGACGGGAAUCACAAGGCUCCAUGUCAUCAGCUGCUAGUCUUGACUUGUCGGAAGCCUCUAGAUUACCUGCAUUUGUACCAGAUAAAGAGAAAUCCCCCAAAUACUGCUCUGUAAACCUUCCAGAUGGUUCGUCCAGCAAAAUGGUUGUUAAAUCCGGAUUCUCUAUCAAAGAGGUGCUAUCUGGACUCUGCGAGAAACAUGGCAUUAACAUAGCUGCAGUGGAUCUUUUUUUAGUUGGAGGUGACAAGCCACUUGUAUUGCACCAAGACAGUAGUAUCCUGGAGUCUCGGGACCUACGUUUAGAAAAACGCACUUUAUUUCGGCUGGAUCUUGUUCCAAUCAAUCGAUCAGUUGGUUUGAAGGCUAAACCCACAAAACCAGUAACAGAGGUCUUAAGGCCUGUGGUUGCAAAAUAUGGUUUAAAUCUUAAUGAACUUGUGGCAAGACUAAAUGGUGAGCAGGAACCACUUGAUCUUGGUGUCCCUAUAUCUAAUCUGGAUGGUCAGCGGGUUGUUCUAGAUGAAAAAGAGCCAACAAAGGGUAGAGUGUUUACAGAUAAACAAAAAGGUGCAUCAGUAAAACAGAGUGCAACUGUAACAACUUCUUCAAGAAAUCAAGUAUCUACCGGAGAGGGAAGAACUCUAGGAAAGUCUAAUUCUAUCAAAAUGAAAGGCGAAAAUGGAAAAAAUGCUAGGGAUGCCCGGCUGUCAAAGAGAGAAGACUCUAUUGCAAAGAUUGGGAAAAAAAAAUGUCAGAAAAUUAAUUUGGAUGAAGCAGAGGAAUUUUUUGAACUCAUAUCCAAAGCUCAAAGUAACAGAGCAGAUGACCAACGUGGACUGCUAAGGAAAGAAGACCUUAUUCUGCCUGACUUUCUUCGUUUACCGCCCACUGGACCAGAACCAUCCUCAUCUACUCCAGCAGGCCCUAAAGGCCUCAACAAGAGAGUUUCGAAAAGUGAUGGCAAGGAUGGAUGUACAUCACCAAGUGGAAAACUGGAGUCUGUACAAAACUAUAAUGAAAAUUCAGUUAAGAAAAUGGGUUACUCGGAAAAUAAACAUAAAGCUGCUUUGACAGCGGUCAACAGUCAGAAGACUUAUGGUGUUCCUUUUAAUACCCCAUUGUCUCCAAUUCCACAUGCACAGGAAAACAGUACAACAAUAUGGAAAAGGCAAUCAAGAGAAUUAGAAGCUGAAGGCAUACAGAUGGUAGAUGAUGAGAAUGUGGCAGACUUGACUCUUGUGGCUGAAGGAGAUAUUAGUAGCCCUAACAGCACUUUGCUGCCACCGCCACCACCAACACCACCGUCAGACAUCAGUAAACUCACAGAAGCCAACUAUCCACCCCCAACUCCUUUUGCAGGUAAUCAGGAAAAAUCUGGAUAUCAAAGAUCCAAUUCAGGUGCAAACCACAAAAAGAGAAAAGAUUCACAAGAGGCUUCAGGAAGCGCCUGCGAGCAGACCUCUCACAAAACGAAGACCAGCAGAAGCGUUAACCCUCCUGGCGUGCGAGAGAAGCCCCCUAAGGAGCUCCCUGUAAACAGGAUAAUCGAUGUGGAUGGAGUCAAGCUGGAAGACGCUGGCACCCGCUCCUGCGAUGACUCUGAAGGCAACCUCAGCUUUGAAGGCUACAUCUCGGAGCUGAGGUCUUGCCAAGGGAGAAUGAGGACUGGAGUUUAUAGGACAUCAGACCUUCCAUCUCUGAUUAGUGUCAAGAGUGAGAAAAAUAAGGGCACGGAGAAUCAAUAUAAAGCUACUUUUGUUUAAGUCUCUGUUUUCAGUUAAGAGCUCUGGUAUUUUUGCCUGGCAUCAGCAGCAAUGGAGAUAUGCCUUAGGGACAUGUUUCUGCAAGUUGUAAGCUGUUUUCAGUACCCGUUGCCUUCAGUGAGACUGCAGUCUGUUUCUGCAGGGGUCAGAAAUGCAGAAUGAAAAAGUAGUAUUUCAGCAAAGCAAUGGAGAUAGUUGUUUUUGUUCUCUUACUGUUUCUAUGAUGUCAUUUUCCCUGUCAUGAUUCAAUUGCACAGUGCAAUUAAAAUUAUCAUGGUUUCCACCCCUAUCCUUCAGUGUCUUUAAUAAAGACAAACUUAUUUUAAAUUCCCCUAUCCAAAAUUUUUAUUUAGGAUGAGUUCACUUUAAUGUUCUAAGGGUUUUCCUGGUCUGCAAGAUUCCCUUACAUUGGUAGACUUGUAAAAUGGAAGUAAAAUCAGUUAUUGUUGUAAAAAGAUUAGGAUUAUUUUGUUAGUAUCUUCCUACCUGUCUGAUAACAAUUGAGAAGAGGUCUAGGUGGAAUUCAGUCUUGUUUUACAGGUUAUCUGGAUGGAUAUAUGCAAUAAGACCUACAUUAUGCAAGCAGGAACUGAGAAGCAAAAAAACCUGUGAAUUUCUUGUGCUGAGAAGAAUAGCUGCUCCAGUAGCCUACACUGGUGAUGUUUCCACAGCAGAAAUAUAUAUACUAAUUACAUAGUGGUGGGAGGGUCACCCAGGUCCCUGCUCAGCACUGUUCUCUUGGUGUCUUGGCUUCAGGAGAAGUUGGAUUUUUUUAUUGCUUUUACAUAAGAAGUUAAGUGCACCUCAUUCUUCUUGUAGAUUAUAGUAUUUUUAGUUAAUCUUCUGGCCUUGAGCAGAGUUUUGAGAGAGAAAGAAAAGAUACUUAAUAAUACUAAACAUACGGCUUUUGCCAUCUUCUCCUUUUCCUCCUUUCCUGUUUCUUCAGAGAGAGUUAUGAGUCUGGAUGGGCAAAGGGGUAUGUCUGAAACAAUAUUGAGUGUAUAUGUUGAACUAUCCUGAUGGUUCACUGCUCUGAGAUUGCUGUGACACUCAGACAGUCAUGUUACAUAGCCCCUAGGCUGCAGAUCCACACGGGCAGUAAGUCAAAAGCAUUUCUGUAAUUAUCCAUUAACUUAUCUUUCUUUGCUCCUUCUUACUGAAGCCUACCAAGAUUUGUGAAGUUUUUGAAUAGCAGAGAUUAUUGGAGGCAGUUACUCAGUUUUUUAAACUCAGUUUGUAAUGAGAAAGGUGUACAGAUUUGUAUAAAUUUACAACACUAAAGUAAGAUUUCUAAAGCUUAAGAAUUAUAAGUCAGAUACUCUAGUGAUAGAAAUGGACAUAGCACCCAUUAGCUUUAAUAGUGUUUCAUGCUUUUUCCCUGGUGAGUACUUUCACUGCUGAUAUUGAGGAAUACACUUGUUAACAUUAGGUUCGACUCGGUGUGUGAAUGAAUGAGAGUAUAUGCUGUUCCCUGAAAACUUUCAAAUUAAAACUGAAUUGAGAGUCACGCUAGAAUCAUGCUGGUGUUACAGUUUUAGAAACCUGGGGUAUUUACAGUGGUAUUGCGAGGCUUUCAGUUCCAGAUGGUAGCUAAAAAUUGUUUUCUAAUGACAAUGAAUGAAAUGAAGUGGUUAUCAGAGCUCACUUCCCAGCGUGGCCGCGUAUCCGUGCCAGGGAAACACGGUAGCACCUUGAAUCAGAGCAGGGAGUGAGGGAACAGGCUUGGAAACCGAUGUGACUUGAUACCACGCUUUAACGGGCUGUGCUAUCCGAGUAUAUCUGUGACAUAAGUGUAAGCAACCCAACUUCGCAGCCGCUCAGACUACACCUGAGCUGAGGGUAAAGAGGCAAAAGGGGAAAGUUUUUGUACUGUUUACUCAUUUUGAUCCAUAGGAUAUGUCGUUACAUAUUUUAUUAUAUAUCGUCUGUAGUGGGACACAACAUAACUAAAUAGUAUUAGCCCAGUGAUAGUGAGAAAUAUUUAAAACAGCUCUGUAUUUUUUAAGUGUUUUUGCCAUGUUUGUUUCUUAUUGUUUUUUGGUGGCCUUUUGAUAUUAAUUUGUUGCCUGUAAUAGAGUAUUUAUUUGCACAGAUGAGUGUGCAAAAAAUUUUUUUUCCUAUCUUCCAGCAAAUUAUUUGCUUUGUUCUAAUCAAGACCAACAUUACAUGGGUAAAACUCGAGAGGGGGCUCUCUGACCUUUGCACUUUCCUUGUGUCUGGGAAAAUGAAAACCUGAUCUCAUACAGGUAAAAACUUGAAACUGAAAUGCAGUAAUUAGAGUCUGUAAUAAUCACUGAUUGAUGUUUCAGAUGAAACAAGGUAGCUUAGCUUACAUUGGGUAAGUGCCCCUUAGUGACUUACUCCUGGAGAGCAACAGAGAAUUCUUCAGCUAGAGACAGAGACAGCUGAAGGGAGAUAAAAUGUCUUAAAAAGGUUGAGUGCCAUGAAAAGGGUGGAUAGGGGUUGACAAUUCACUGUCUUUGCUAACACAAGAAUUAAGGAACACCAGAGGAAGCUAGUAGAAGCCAGGCUGAAAAAGAAGAGGUGUCUCUUCACGCACUACUAUUAGGCUGGUGAAACCCCCGGACAAGGGAUGACGAGGAUGUGAGAUGAUCACUAGGGCUGCACUUGGAAGAAGUUAAGAGAGACCUAUUGGGGGCCACUAAACAGGCAAAGCACGCAGGAUCCAGGAAACAUGUUGAGCUGCAAAUCACUGGAGGUGGAAAAGAGCUGUCGGUGAAACAGUCCCUGUGCUCGCUGGGCUCUUGCUCUUCCCUGCACAUGCAGUUCGGGUCACAGCCGCAGGCAGCGCAGCGCUCACCGGACCUUUGCCUGAACCACUACAUCCAAGCUUAUGUUUCUGUAAGACCUUUUUUCAGCCAGAGCUCCUAUUUCAACCAAAAGAUGUUCUGAGAUCUUGCAUGGACCUUCGCUCAGGUGCCUGGGCCUGCGCCUGCAGUUCCUGUGCUUCGCUUGCCAGGGAAUGAGGUGAAAUCCUACUGUUUGAGCCAAGGAGCUGCUUGUGGAAAAUUCAGACGUACAAAAUUCAAGACCAUUUUGCUCUUCAGCCUCUGCAAAUCCCUGUCUGGUAGAACCCGAUCCAUAUCUGGUUACCUUAAGUUGUGAGGAUAGAGUUAUAGCACUAGGACAGGGUAUGUUUACCUAAGAGAAAAUGUGUAUUUAGCAUAGUUCUUUCACCAUCUUUUGAAGGCAGUAGAAUUUAAUUUCUUUUCUUUCCAAAAGCUUCUGAGCUCAAAAAAGAAAAGCUGUUUUAAAAUUCUGAAUGCAGUAAACGAAAUUUGACUGUACCAAAGACUCAAAUGGAAUUUGACAGCACUGGGGAAUCAAGCUGAGGGCAGGGAGAUGAAGGAUGUAAAAGAACUGAGUUUUCUCUAACACAGGGAAAAAAGACUUGGCACAAUGCUGGAAAUCCUGUAAACAAAGGAACAUGGGAAAAAAAUAUUCUUCCAUGUACUGCACUGUUUUAUUCAAAAGCAAACCUGAAUAUGAAAUGCCAACUAUUGGAAUAUUGUUUAAAACAAUGACUUCUUAGCUAGGAAAUUCAUUACUUAGAAUAAUAUUAGCUGUACUUUUCAGUAUCUGGCAGAAUAUAAAAUCUAAACCUGCUGGUAUCAGUUGCGGCAGAUCAUGGAGUUAAUAAAAAUGAAUGUGUA